AUGCUUCAAAUAAACUCAUAUUCGUUUGAUGGUGCUGUUAUUGUCGGUUUGCUCGUAAUUUGCACCUGUGCUUAUUUAAAGAGGGUACCUCGCAUUAAUCUGUGGCUUCUUAGUGAGAAGAAAGGUUUCCUUGGUAUAUUUUAUAAAGCAGCAGUUAUCGGAACUCGUUUGCAUUUCAUAGUUUCGCUUACUUGUUUGUUUUCUGCUGGAUAUAUUUUGUUUGUUAGAUAA